AUGGGAGGACCUCGGGAGGAGCGUGAGGCUCGUGCAGGACCUCAUAAGAGGGUCUCUGUGUUUCCAGCCCACUGUAACCUGUCGUCCAGGAUACAUCAAAGACCAGACUCUGCUAAACCUGAACUCAGCUGUGUGUCCAUUAAGAGCGACUGGUCAAAUGAUCACAUAAUUAACUUUAAAGGAGAGCAACCCUCUGCUGAAAAGAGAGUGGACCAGGAGAGCUCAGAACUUCCCAGUGGUCAGUCUGCCCAGCAGCAUCAAACACACCAGGACUCUAUAUUUAUGGAAGUAAGUCCAGCUGGUGUUUGUAAGCGUAAACUCAAAUCUCACCUAAACAAGAAGUUCCAGUGUAUGUUUGAGGGGAUUGCUAAAGCAGGAAACCCAACCGAUCUGAAUCAGAUGUUCACAGAGAUCUACAUCAUAGAGGGAGGGACUGCAGAGGUCAAUAAGGAACAUGAAGUAAGACAGAUUGAAACAGCAUCCAGGAAACCAGACAGACCAGAAACAACAAUCGGACGAGAAGACAUCUUUAAAGCCCCACCUGGAAGAGAUGAACCAAUCAGAACAGUGAUGACAAAGGGAGUGGCUGGCAUCGGGAAAACAGUCUUAACACAGAAGUUCACUCUGGACUGGGCUGAAGACAAAGCCAACCAGGACAUCCAGUUCACAUUUCCAUUCACCUUCAGAGAGCUGAAUUUGCUGAAACAGAGAAAGUACAGCUUGGUGGAACUUGUUGAUUACUUCUUUAGCGAAACCAAAGAAGCAGGAAUCUGCAGGUUUGAAGAGUUCCAGGUUGUGUUCAUCUUUGACGGUCUGGAUGAGUGUCGACUUCCUCUGGACUUCCUCAACACGGAGAUCCUGACUGAUGUUACAGAGUCCACCUCAGUGGGUGUUCUGCUGACAAACCUCAUCAGGGGGAAACUGCUUCCCUCUGCUCACCUCUGGAUAACCACACGACCUGCAGCAGCCAAUAAGAUUCCUCCUGAGUGUGUUGACAUGAUGACAGAGAUCAGAGGGUUCACUGACCCUCAGAAGGAGGAGUACUUCAGGAAGAGAUUCACAGAUGAGGAGCAGGCCGACAGAAUUACCUCCCACAUCAAUACAUCACGAAGCCUCCACAUCAUGUGUCACAUCCCAGUCUUCUGCUGGAUCACUGCUACAGUUCUGGAGGACAUGUUGAAGUCCAGAGACGGAAGAGAGCUGCCCAAGACCCUGACUGAGAUGUACAUCCACUUUCUGGUGGUUCAGUCCAAAGUGAAGAACAUCAAGUAUGACGGAGGAGCUGAGGCAGAUCCACACUGGAGUCCAGACACAACGAAGAUGAUGGAGUCUCUGGGAAAACUGGCUUUUGAGCAGCUGCAGAAAGGCAACCUGAUCUUCUAUGAAUCAGACCUGACAGAGUGUGGCAUCGAUAUCAGAGCAGCCUCAGUGUACUCAGGAGUGUUCACACAGAUCUUUAAAGAGGAGAGAGGACUGUACCAGGACAAGGUGUUCAGCUUCGUCCAUCUGAGUGUUCAGGAGUUUCUGGCUGCUCUUCAUGUCCAUCUGACAUUCACCAAUUCUGGAGUCAACCUGCUGUCAGGAAAAGAAACCUCAUCAUGGCUGCCUAAAGUCUUCAGAGAAAAACUAAAACAUCUCCACCAGAGUGCUGUGGACGAGGCCUUACAGAGUCCAAAUGGACAUCUGGACUUGUUCCUCCGCUUCCUCCUGGGUCUUUCACUGCAGACCAAUCAAAAUCUCCUACGAGGCCUGAUGAAACAGACCGGAAGUAGCUCACAGACCAAUCAGAAAACAGUCCAGUACAUCAAGAAGAAGAUCAGUAAGAAUCUGUCUGCAGGGAGAAGCAUCAAUCUGUUCCACUGUCUGAAUGAACUGAAUGAUCGUUCUCUAGUGAAGGAGAUCCAACAGGCCAUGAGUUCAGGAAGUCUCUCCACAGAUAAACUGUCUCCUGCUCAGUGGUCAGCUCUGGUCUUCAUCUUGCUGUCAUCAGAAGAAGAUCUGGAUGUGUUUGACCUGAAGAAAUACUCUGCUUCAGAGGAGGCUCUUCUGAGGCUGCUGCCAGUGGUCAAAGCCUCCAACAAAGCUCUACUGAGUGACUGUAAUCUGUCAGAGAGAAGCUGUGAAGCUCUGUCCUCAGUUCUCAGCUCCCAGUCCUCUAGUCUGAGAGAGCUGGACCUGAGUAACAACAACCUGAAGGAUUCCGGAGGGAAGCUGAUCUCUGUUGGACUAAAGAGUCCACACUGCAAACUGGAGACUCUCAGUCUGUCAGGCUGUCUGAUAUCAGAGGAAGGCUGUUCUUCUCUGGUCUCAGCUCUGAGCUCCAACCCCUCCCAUCUGAGAGAGCUGGACCUGAGCUACAAUCAUCCAGGAGACUCAGGAGUGAAACUACUGUCAGCAGGACUGAAGGAUCCACUCUGGAGACCGGACACUCUCAGCUCCUGUAUGGAGGCCUUCAUCUUCUUCCUCACCUGGCUGAUCUGGUCUCUUAGCUGCUGUGUGGAUUCAGUGGAUGUCUGUUUAGAAAGCAGUAUCUCCUUCAGCUCCACCAGCUCUACUUCUUGCAGAGACAGACUCUCAUCUGCGACACUCUGCUGUCCAGUUGACUGCUGUGCCCUGAAUGUCUCUGCCAGAGCUCUGAUGGUGUUUAAGUCCUCUUGGACAGAGCUGAAACUGGCCUCAUUGCCCUGGAACAUGAUGCUGGACACAAACACAGUGAACAGAAAACUCAAACUGUCUGACAACAACAGGAAGGUGACACGUGUGAAGAAGGAGCAGCCAUAUCCUGAUCAUCCAGAGAGGUUUGACUACUGUCAGCUGCUGUGUAGAGAUGCUCUGACUGGUCGCUGUUACUGGGAGGUUGAGAUGAGAAGAGAUGUUGUUAUAUCAGUGAGUUACAGAGGAAUCAGGAGGAGAGGAGACAGAGCUGACUGUUGGUUUGGAUGUAAUGAUCAGUCCUGGAGUCUGAGCAGCUCUGAUGAUGGUUACUAUGUCUAUCACAAUGACAGACCAACAUCCACCUCCACCUCCCCCAACUCUGGUAGAGUAGCAGUGUAUGUGGACUGGCCUGCUGGCUCUCUGUCCUUCUACUCAGUCUCCUCUGACUCACUGAUCCACCUCUACACCUUCAACACCACAUUCACUCAGCCUCUCCAUCCUGGGUUUGGGUUCUGGUCUCCUGGUUCCUCAGUGUCUCUGUGUUCUGUGUAG